AUGUCUGAUCUCUAUGGUCGUGACGACGUGGCUGGCCCCUUGGAGUUCCAACGCCAGGUGGUUGGGGCGGUUCUCGAGGGCUUUCGCCCACGUCGUCCCCGCUUGCGGGGCGGGCUUCCGCCCACAGCGGACAUUGACAUUCAAUUGCCUACGGUACCUGGUUCAUCUGACAUGCCCGCGAUCGAGGCCAACCCUGUCCCUCCGCCUGAGCAUGAUACAUCCAGUGGCUCCGACGAUGAGGUCGCUGCCCCCGCGUCGCCCAUUCCACUGCCUCCACCUACUCAGGAGCUGCCAGAGGCUGUUGCGGAGGCUCUCUCAAUGACGUUGGAGCCUUUGCCACCUGAUGCUUCUUCUUCAUCUGGUGUGGCUGAGGAUUGGACUGAGGUUCAUGGUCCAGCAGACGAAUACUUCUUCCUGCUGAAUGGUGUCUCCCGCAUUGCACACAAAGCGCAGCCUUGCUGCUCUUCUCACCCUGCAUUCCAGGUGAAAGUUGCUCACCUGCACAGGUCUUUCCGAGCAGGGUGUAGCGUUCGCGGUGUGGAGUCGCUCCAGUUUUCGGAGUUUGACCUACCUGCCACUCCGCGACGACCUGAGCUUCGCAUUUGCCCCAGAUACUUUCAUGAACCAGAGCUGCUGACGCUCCUUGGCACUAGCUCCUCCAUGGAACGGGAGAUCCUCCUGCGUGCUGAGAUCACCCUCUGGGAAUCCGCUUGGGGUAGCAUUGACUUCAAUCACCGUGUGCUCCUCUUCUCCGGACCACAAGCCUGGCUGGCAGUUGCCCUGGGCAAUCGCGAGCUGCACCGCUGCGUCUCUGCGGCUUUGCGUCUGGAGAUGUGA